AGAUGCAUUUGUUGUGAAAAAAUUAUAUAUUUUUUCAUGUUCAUGUAGCUAUUAGAAAAGUAGAUUUAUUCCUUUUUCUAACAAUCCAAAGGUAUAAAUUGAUCUAAUAUUGGAGUUGGUUCUUAAUUAAGACAGAAUGGCAUAAUAAAUGUAAAAACCUUUUGAAGUAUGAAGGCUUUAAAUAGGCUGUAUAUUAAAAUUUAAAUUAUGAUAAUGAAUAUUUUACAUCAAAUUUAGCCUCAUGGGUAGAAUAUUUCUCAAAGACAGGCAUUUAUCUUAAACAUUUUAAAGUCUGCUUUGUUUUUAUCCUUAUGAAUUUAACUGUUAAAAAGCAGGUGAAAUUACCCCUCCCUGGAAAUUUGAGACUGACUUUCCUCAUGUUAAGUAAUAUUGAAGUAAUGUGUCAUCUUGGGCAUAAUAUCUAUCUUGGUGGCCCUAAUAUUGAAAAUGUCCACUGAGAAUCCAAAAAGAAUAUAUCUAACAUAAGCCUGGCUAGAUAUUACCAUACGUAUUUCCAAUGAAGUGUUUUAGCAGGAUUUAUGAUAUAUAAAAUCAGACAGAAUAGAGGAAUAUUUAGGUUUUAUUUUUCUAGAUAGUGUCACCUAAUUGAUAACAAGCCAUAAUAAUUUUUCAGGGUCACCUUUGCUGGAGCAUUUUAAAGGUCCAAGUGGAGUCUUCAGUUCUCUCAUUUAUUAUUUUUAUUGCUCAGGUUGUCAGAGGACUUGGAUGAGAGUGCAUUUUGUGGUUAGAGGCAAAACAAACAAAAGGAAGCCUUUUUAAAUGAAAAGAUUUGCUUUGCUAAAAAAGAGAGGCAGAAUGGGCACAAUCACAGUAGAAAGCAGACCUGGGGAUAAUUAGAUGAGGCCUGUGCUUUAUGGAAAUAGAGUUCAAAUAGAAUGUUAAAUCUGUCAAAUUGACUCAAUAAAGGAAAUUCAUGUUGCACUGGCAUUGGGGUGAAGAGGUAACAGAACUCAUCCAAAAUUCCAGACAUUCAUAGAAUCUUUUGAAAUUCCUGCUUAUUUGCAAGGGCUAGUAUCAGAAACAAUGAGUUAGACACGCACUCUAUAGUUGGCACUCUAUAUGGGACACUAUGCUAAUUAUUUUACAUCCAUUAUUUACAAACAUUGCAUUAACACUCACAAAAUCUUAAUAAGAGAGCUUACAGUAUCUUCAUUUGAGAAAUGAGCAAACACCGGGAGAUUCAGUUACUUGCCAACAUCAUACAUUCUAAAGCUUACUCCAGUGCUCUGCAGGAUGAUGCAAUGUUGCCUAAGAAAUAAGUCUGAAUUCUCCUAAAAAAUAACUCACAAAAUGUUAUUGCUGGUCCUCAACAGAUCAGAUGAGGCUCAGACCUUGGUUGUGCUGAGGUUCUGAUACCAGUGGUUAUUACUUCUUCUAUUCAGAUCUGUAAGGGCUAUUUAGGGGUCCUUUGUGAUUAGAAGCAUUUUCAUAAUAGUGUUCUUCUUCUCUGCUGGUUGUUCCUUAUCUAGAUGUAGAAGUGAGUGCUGAGUCUACUUACAUACUCCUCUUAAUGACCAAAAUUGCUAUAGGAAUAUAGGCCACAUAUCAAAUGAUCAAACCAGACAUAUGCUACAAACUUAAUGCAAGUUAAGGGUGCAGGUUAGCAUGAAGGUUAAGAGGGAAGAUUCAAAAGCCAGACUGUGUGGGUUCAAAUCCCCUUUAAAACACUGAUGAAAUGUGUAACCUUUUGCCAAGUUCUUAAAUGUCAGUUUCCUAAUCUAUAAAAUGGGGACAAUGAUUGUACUUACCUCAUAAGGUUGUUUGAAGUUCACGUGAGUUAUUAAUUUCAAAACAAAAAUUGGUUUUAAAAAAAACCUGGUAAGUAGUAAGUACUGAAUAAAAGUUAACUCCACUAUUAUUAGUCAAAAUAAUUUAGUUUCACAGUCCUGAAAUUGCAAUAGCCUCUUACCUCCCCAUCUUAGUUUGUAUUUCUUUCUGGGAACAAAUUUAUUUUCUCUUGGCUGUUAGACUUUGGUUCACAUACACGGAGACAAAUCUUUCCAAAAACAAGAUUGUUCCUCCUGACCCUGGAAGACAUGUAAUUGCAGCACCGCUUCUAUCCCCAAACCCACUCCAAGCAGAACACUACAGAGACAUUACUAGGAAAGACACAGUUCAAAUGAGUGGCACAAAAUAUAUGUUCUGUACAAUUUUAGAAAAUGGAGUGGUGUGUGGUAAUCAAGGCUGAUUUCACUGAAGAGCAAAAUGUGGGCUAGGUGCUAAGGAAUUCAUUUGAAAUUUAAUAAAUAAGCAUUAGAGAAACCAUGCUAGCUUGUGGACAGUGUGCUGUGUAUAGUUAGUCAGCUUGGGGGCUGCCCCAGAGUCCCAGCGGAGGGGAUAAGUAGAGGCUGAAAUACAGUCUGUGCUGGGGUCUCCAGGUUGUCUGCAUUACCACAGCAAGAUUUCCUGAAAGAAGAGCUGUGCUUGUUUGUUUGUUUGUUGUUAUUGUUGUCACCAAGCAUGUUGGGCUUGCCCAAGCCUUUAACAAUCCAGGGAAGUUUUCUUUUUUGAAUUCCCGCAGUGGCAUCCAAUAAUUACAAAAUCAUAAAAAUUAUCAUUCAAACACUCACAGUUAUCAGGAAAAAAAAACAAAACGCUAUUAUAGUUACUCCUGUAUAACAGGAACAACCCAAGAUUUUAGAGACAAUCUGAAACAUUUGUCACCUCCCGUAAUAUGCAGUGCUUGCCGGUGGAGCUGAGACUACUGCCUGCCUUUUACUUGGAGAAACUAGAAUCAGUCUGAGUUAGUGAUUAUGGUGAGGUGCUGAGUUUAUUCCCGUUGAGGCAUUUAUUCCUGGACUGACAUUAUUCUAAUGAUGUAAGGUCCUUUCCACAAUUGGGCCUUUUUUUCCUGUUAUCACCUAUAAACCAUAUACGUUCCUCUCCAGUCUCCAUUAUUUUAAUCCAACUGGUGUGCAGCCAAGAUGUUUAUCUUUUUUUAAAUUGCCUUCAUCAUAUAUUUCCCUGCCCCUCAAUUCUUCAGUGACUCCUCAAAGUAGACUAUAGAAGAAAUAGAAUUUGCCUGGAUGAAGAAAGAUGUAUAAUAGGGCUCAAUGUCCUUCUGUGAGGUCUGAUAUUUUACAUUUUGGAGGCUGUUUCAGAUUUUAAUUGUUUUGUUUCUAUACAUAUAGGUUUUUUGUAAAUCUCAUUCUCCUGAUUUACGUAUUUCUAAGUAUUAUGUUCUCAAUUUCUUCCCUGUGCAACAGGAAAUCUAGGAUUGGAUCUGUUUGUUUUUUCAUGGCAUUGUCAUUUCAGUUUCACACUUGAACUUUACUGUUGUGUGUGUUGAAUAUACCGGAAAGCCAUUAACUUGAUAAACUAAACAUAAUGACUGAAUGGAAUUAGGGUAUUUCAAUGCACAGCCAAACCAAAACAAAUAAAAAUGAGAAGAUCCAUUGCAUUCGUUCACAAUUUGUGACUAUGCUCUUUUCAUACUUUUUACAUUUACUUUAGAAAGGCCUGGGCGCGGUAGCUUACGCCUGUAAUCCCAGCACUUUGAAAGACCGAGGCAGGUGGAUCACGAGGUCAAAAGAUCAAGACCAUCCUGGUCAACAUGGUGAAACCCUGUCUCUACUAAAAAUACAAAAAAAUUAGCUGGGCAUGGUGGCAUGUGCCUGUAAUCCCAGCUACUCAGGAGGCUGAGGCAGGAGAAUUGCCUAAACCCAGGAGGCGGAGGUUGCGGUGAGCCGAGAUCGCACCAUUGCACUCCAGCCUGGGUAACAAGAGCGAAACUCCGUCUCAAAAAAAAAAAAAAAAAAAAAAAAAAAAAAGGAAAUAGCAUGAACAAGAGUAGUUUUAAAAGAUAAUGUACUUCAACUCUUAAUGAGCUAUGGUAACUUUUAUACUCCCUUCUAAGUCUAUGGAGCUCAAGAGACCAAUUUGUCAAGGUUAUCAAAUCAUCCUGCAUUGGACGGGUAUUGGACCAGAUUCUAGCUAAAGUCAUUUUUAUUUCUAAGGAUCUGUGAUUCUGUAUAAUCUAUAAAAACAAUAGUAGCCAUUAUAUUACCGACAAUUACAUAUUAUUCUUAAAAGUAAACUCGAGAGUGGGACUUCCGGGUUCCGAGCGGUAACCUUGAUUGCGCUAGCAAUGAAAAAGAAAUAUGGGUGAUGUGGAGAAAGGCAAGAUAAUUUUUAUUCAGAAGUGUUCCCAAUGUCACACCGUGGAAAAGGGAGGCAAGCACAAGACUGGGCCUCAUCUCCAUGGUAUCUUUGGGCGGAAGACAGGACAGGCCUCUGGAUUCACUUAUACUGAAGCCAAUAAGAACAAAGGCAUCAUCUGGGGAGAGGAUACACUGAUGGAUUAUUUGGAGAAUCCCAAAAAAUAUAUCCCUGGAACAAAAAUGAUCUUUGUCAGCCUUAAGAAGAAGGGAGAGAGGGAAGACUUAAUAGCUUAUCUCAAAAAAGCUACUAAUGAGUAAUAAUUGUCCACUGCCUUAUCACGAAACAGACGUCUCAUGACUUUUUUAUGUGUACGUACUUUAAUAGAUCUCAUACACCAGAAUUUAUAUUAUGCAAGACUGACAGAAUAUUUUGUUGUGCAGUCCUGAUUUAAAACUAAGACUGGCUUGUGGUUAAAUGAAUAUGUUCAGUUUUUGGAUUUUAAUGGUAAUUCUAAUUUAGUAAAUUUUAGUAAUUGUAUCACUGUUUACCCCUUCUAAAGAUAUGAUUAGACUUCAUUAGUAAUGUUAAACUUUUCGCAAAGAUGGUGAGUGCCAUCUUAAAACUUAUUGGAGAUUGGUUUUAUAAUUAGAUUUAUAUAACUGGUUAUGUGAAUACAUAAUGGGGGAAAUUCCUUCAGUGUCUCAGAACCAUGCAAGAUUCACCUGUGUUUUGUGUUCAUUUGCCUCUUAAAGGCAAGGGUUGAAGAUAAAUGGGUAGCAAUGGCUAUUUUAUAUUUUUGGCCUUAACUAUGCCAAUCUAAUUAGAAAUCCCUGUAUUUAAAAUGGUUCCUUUUACUUAUUGAAAGGCAUUUUGUGUAGUUUAUGUGUAAUAUCAAAAAUUAUUUAACACUUCACAGAUUUUAUAGAUGAUAUAUAAGGUCAUAUACUUUUAAAAUAGUAGCCAAUUAAACUUCACUCUUGAAUUCUUUACAAUCUAAGUCAAACUAAAUUAUAAUUUAGGAUUGUCUUUGUAGUAUCCAAUUAAACUUCACUCUUGAAUUCUUUAAAAUCUAAGUCAAACUAAAUUAUAAUUUAGGAUUGUCUUUAAACAACCAUUCAGAAACAAAACUGUACAUCUGCUAUGUAUUUGUGAUUGGGAAUGGUGCUUUUCCUAACUUAAAAGGAUUAAAGUAGAGUAAAUUAAAUAUACACAAAUUUAAAAAUGAUGUGUGAUCAUAAGACUUAAGAUAAUUAAAAAGAAAACCACAGAUCAUGAUAAAAAACAAGUAAACUCAUAAAUUAUCUCUAUUUUACAGACAUGAUAAAACUUAGAAAGAUACAGUAACAUGUUUAUAAGUCCAUUAAUAAUAUUUGAAUUUGGAAUGUUCUAGCCUCCAUAAAAAUCAAAUAGACUUGACUGUCUUUUACCAUAAAUCCUAAUUGCGUUAUAUUUUACAUAUUUAAGAAAUUAAGAUUUCACAAGAUUUAAAUUAGAAACUCUUCCUUCUAUGGCUAUUAAAAGGAAACUUUUCAUUUUUGAUGAGGAAUGCUUCAUCUAGUGCUACAUAUACAAUAGUUUUACCUAAAUUAUUGUGAUAAUAUAAAAUGGUUUUUUGUUUUUUUUUGAGACGGAGUUUCUCUCCUGUUACCCAGGCUGGAGUGCAAUGGCACAAUCUCGGCUCACCGCAACCUCCGCCUCCUGGGUUCAGGCAAUUCUCCUGCCUCAGCCUCCUGAAUAGCUUGGAUUACAGGCACGCGCCAACAUGCCCAGCUAAUUUUUUGGAUUUUUAGUAGAGACGGGGUUUCACCAUGUUGACCAGGAUGAUCUUGAUCUUUUGACCUCGUGAUCCACCCGCCUCAGCCUCCCAAAGUGCUGGGAUUACAGGCUUGAGCUACCGCGCCUGGCCUUGUUUAUUUUAAAGACUAGCCAAAUAAAGCAUUUGUGGUCAUGCAUGUCAUUAAUGGCACAGCUGGGAUCCUACUCACAUCCUCAUAUUUUCCAGGCCUUAAAAAAAUGUACAAACAAAAAUAAAAACAAACCAAAAAAUAAAAUGCAUUGCAUUGACCUCCUCCUUUGGCAUAACUUUUAUUAAGUUCCAAGUUGCUAUAAUAUAUGCCUUCUUUUUCUUCAUGUCACUUGUUUCUUAAUAAAAUAUCAAACUAAUAGUGCACUCAUUUAUGUCUAAGAGCUUACGUGAGAUCUCUUUCUAAUCUGAAUACUCAAAGUCUUCCUAACAAUAGUUUAGCAGGCCUAUGCCUUUGUUUUAUUCUCAAAUUUCCUACCUAAACUAGGAUUGUUGAAUAUCUCUAAAAAUAGUUAGCAGAGAUUCAUUAUGGCAAGUUUCAAGAAGGAAGUUGACUCCAUAUCUAAAUAUUAAUGUCAAAGUGCUUCUGUUUUCUUACUGCAUUAAAUAAAAGUGAGCACCACUGUGACUUCUUAUUUUUGCCUGCAAAAAGCAGGAUUUGGAGGGAAUAGAAGGCAACUUCAAUAAAUCUAAAUUAUGGAGAAAAAGCUAGAAGCAUGAGAUACACCUGCUCAAGAUUCCAGAGGUUCAUUAUGAUUGAUAAGCCAUGUUAGAACAAAGGAUACUAGAAGACACAAGAGACUGAGGAGAUACAAUCCCAGUGAAUUCGGUAAUUCAUUCUGAAAUAUUUAUUUAAGACCUGCUAUGUGCCUGGACUUAUUAUGCUGGGGAUAUAGCACGGAGUACAGAAGUGGUCACUACCCUCUUGGAACACAGUCUGUUGAAGAAAACACAUGAUUUCAAAUAAUUUUUCUUGCUGAAGUUCAGGGAAUAGUCUAAAGGGGCCAGAAUAAAUGUCUGGAGCUACGUUAGGUGACAGAACAAUCAAGGUGUUGCUUAUUAUAACAUGGGAAGUGGAACACUUGGUAUUGGAAUUCAAGAUCAAAUUCUUCCUAAGGGUAUAGGCUACAGGAAGAUCAAAAGAGAGCAGAAGACAAAGGCAUAGACAAAGCUCCUUCUCAUAAACAUUUUUUCAUAUAAAAAGCAGGCCAAAAACUAUAUUUUUUUAUUGUACUUUAUGUUCUGGGGUAUGUGUGCAGAUCAUGUAGGGUUGUUGCAUAGAGUACAAACAUGGCAAGGUGGUUUACUGCCUCCAUUCCACAUUUGGCAUUUCUCCACACAUUAUCCCUCCUCACCGUCCCCACCCCCCACUCUCCCUCCCCUGGUAUCCCCCAACUGACCCCAGUGUGUGAUCCUCCCCUCUCUGUGUCCACGUGCUGUCAUUGUUCUACAACCACCUACGAGUGAGAACAUGUGCUGCGUGAUUUUCUGUUCUUGUAUCAGUAUGCUGAGAAUGAUGGUUUCCAGAUUCAUCCAAGUCCCUAUAAAGGACACAAACUCCUUUUGAAGUCUGUCUUCGUAGUUGGAAAUGAGGAAGCCAUGUCUAAUUUCUUAGGAAAUAUAGGGAUCUUGAGAUCAUUACAUCCAUAUAGAACUCACGUCUUUUUGUUGUAGCACCAGCUGACGCAGUCAUCCCUGUGCCUAGGCACUUUCAGCAGAGGUGGUCAGCCCUGCUGCAGGGCAGCUUUACUGAGGUAUAUUUCUAAGUUGGGCUUGGAAUUGGUAUUCUUCUUCAGUGGUGAGCACCACAGUAAAGCAAAACAGUGUAAGAUAUUCAUUCAGUUUUAAGUAGAAGAUAAAAAUUCCAAAUUAACACUGAAAGUUGCUAUUUUUUUCUUUCAUGACUAUUUAGCAAGCCCCACAAAACUAAUCAUAAUAUCUCAAAAUCACUUUUUCUUUUUCUCUUUUUUAAUUCCCUAAGCAGUUCCUAAGGAUAGUAAUUAGUAUGAAUAAAUAUAUGCUUGUCUUCUGGUACUUCGAAUUUUAGAGUUUUUGAAGUGGACACAGUGAAUCUUUUGGGAUCUCACAGUAGUUUCCAAAUUGAAGAAAAUAUAAGCAUAUUUAAAUAAGACAUUAUCACCUGACAUAAUCAAUAACAUAAGUAGGGAUUUGGUUUGUGCACAGUUGCUUUUAUUGUUUGUGUGUUUUACAAUGAGACUUUUUAUAUAAGUUGGAAAGCUAACACUGACAGCAAAUUUUUAAUAGUGCUGCAGUCAUCUGUGUAGCUAGUGAAAAUAUAAGGAGUUACAAAGUGAAGAAAACGGUAGUAGCAAAUGUUUUGUUUUGUUCAAGAAAUUUCAUUUAAUGAUAUGAAAGGCCAAGUAGUUCCUCUUGGAAACAUUAUUCUAUGUACAUGAA